AUGGAUGUCAUAGGCCUCUAUGGGCUCAUUGCAGCCAAAACCUACUUGCAAGUCACCGGCGCCUACGAUAAACCAUGCAACGAUGAUGAUUCGAAAGUGGUCAUAGAUGAGAUGACCGAAGUCCCCGAGUGUUACACCCAAACCAAACAGACCUCGGUGGAAUCACAAAACACCGUUCUUGUCAUUGAUGCUGCAUCAGAUAUUGGGGGCACCUGGGCAGCAGAGAGGCUGUACCCCAACCUGCUCAGUCAGAACUCAUAUGGAUUGUAUGAGUUCAGUGAUCUGCCACUGUUAGAUGUGGUGCCAGAAGACAAAGAGGGUGCAGGAAAACGGUUUAUUGCUGGAUGGAAGAUAAAUCACUAUUUACAGGCCUGGGUCGCUAAAUGGAAUCUGAAAAAGCAUAUCAGAUUGAAGUGGAAGAGUAAAGAAUGGGAGCUCAAUGUCAGCAUCGGAACAGGCUCACCUCAUGAGACACAACUUAUCUGCGAUAAACUCAUCCUCGCGACGGGUCUGACAUCGGUUCCAAGCAUUCCAAGUCCGGGGAUUCCAGAGGCAACAAGAAAGAGCCCUCGUCGUGUUAUUCAUGCCAAAGAUAUCGGUCACUGGGCUCGGGAGAUUCUGGGAUAUGAACCGAUACCUCUCAUCGGAGAUUCUCAAGCUCAAGAAACAGUAUCUCAAAUUUCUAGGUCAGAUUUAAAAAUGCGCUCCGUUGUUAUCUACGGCGGAGCCAAAUCAUCUUUUGACCUAGUGCAUUUCUUCGCCAAGCUUCAUCAGGUUGAUCCUGCAUUGCACCUAAAGACUGUCUCGAAGGACCCGGUCCAAGUCCAUUGGAUUAUACGAGAUAACGGCAAUGGUCCAGCGUGGAUGGCAUCUCCAACUUCGAAACUCCCAAACGGGAAGGAGGUGGCCAGUGACAAGGCUGCAAGCACUAGAUUUCUUCACUAUCUGGACCCCGCUUGCUACGAGAUCCCUAAAAAACUCUCCUUUAGUCGCAUCCAACCAUUUCCAGGUUGGAAGUGUCAUAUGGAGGGCUCAUGGCUGGCUCGGCUACUACAUGGAAAUCCUCUCGGUCGAUGGUGGAUUCGAUCCUUCUGGAGCUCGGUCGAUAUCAAUCUAGAGGAGUUUGCGCACGUCGUUUCUUGUGCCUCUGGGAUCGGGAUCGCCAACCAGCCUGAUCUAUGGGAGACCGUCAAAUCCCCACACGUGAACAUUUACCGGUCGGUCAUCACCAGUAUUUCCGAACACAGCGUGGAAGAUGGUGCUGAGCUUGGAGAUGGCGUCAUGAUACAUCUUGAGGAUGGUGUUUGCAUUCCCAAUGUGGAUUUAGUGGUACAUGCCACUGGCUACAAGCCGGUAAUCCCCAUCACGUUUUGCCCUCCGAAACUUCGUCUUGAAUUGGGCCUAUCCGGUCUGGUAAGACCGCAAAAAAAAAUAGAGACAGCUGAAUUAACAGAGAUGUACGAUCCAGUUGAGCUUCCCCUUGAUCUCGCGACCAAGGAAUACCUUCAGGCUUGGAAGCCUUCAGACCAGGAGGCGGAGCUUGUGGCAAGAAAGACCUUGGCUGCGGCAGGGUGCAUUCCACUUGAUAGAAAGACACCAUCAUGGGCCGGUGAGAAGCAAAUACUCCCGUACCGUCUCUUCCGUCGUAUGGUUGCCCCAAAGCUGGUGGCAGAGGGCGAUCGCUCAUUUGCAACCAUCGGGGUUAUUAUGACAUCCACAAUUGCUGUGGUCGCUGAGGUCCAGGCCCUCUGGAUCACAGCAUUUUUAACAGGUGGAUUCGACCAACCCUUCACCGAAACUAGACCGGAGUAUCCUCCAGCACUUUCUCUGGGAGGAUUAUCUGAAAUGAUGAUGAACAAAAUCAUUUCAGAGGAGGUUGCGCUUGGUUCGCUCACAGGUCCAACAGGUCUGGAGGUCGACGCGAUACAUGUAUGUUGUCUGGGAUCCCGUUCGAAGGUAACAUUGGCUUUUGUCAACGAAGAGCCUGAGAAGGAGAAGGCCGAUGAACUGGAGAAGGCAAGAGAAGAAUCUCUUGCCCCAGAAAAUGAGCUACAAGAAUCCUAUAAAAAUACAGAGCCAGGUAAAGAGAAUCGCGUGCAAGAGUCGAGUACUCAGUUGCCACUGUGGCCAACCGAUGCCAUAUCCUCCGCUCAUGCGAUUUUAAACCCCACAACGACGACAUUUAGUCACAAUGAUGAAUCGGCGGUUGCUGGACUACUGGCAUUGGGAACAAGUGCCACUGAAAUGAUAGGACCCGAGCUGAGCGUGUCAGACUUUACGUUUUCAUCUCCAGCGAAAGAGCUCGCAAAUCAAGACACGUCACCUGCACAGGGACCUGGACCUUCAAUGGCAUUUUCUCCAAUUCAACUUCCUCAGCAUGCACCAAUAAGCCCCGAAGCUCCGUUAACCGAACCACUCGAGCUGUUGCGCCACUAUCGCUAUCAUGUAGCUCCUUGGGUAAGUGCAACCAAGGUCAACUAG